CCCGCCCACACCCACACUCCUGAGCUUCGUCUUGACCUGCCUCCAACCCUCGCGCGCGCUUGCCCAAAUCGCAAACCCUAGACCCCCAGAUCCCUCCCCAGCCGCCUCGCCAUGCGGAUCCGCAGGUCUGCCUCCCGCCUGCUCGGCUCCGAGUACUCCUCCCCCGCGCCGCCCCCAUUCGACCUCCCGCUCCCGCCCCCAUUCGAGCUGCCGCUCCCGCCGCCGCCGCCAGUGCUGCAGCCCUGCUCCUCCUCCUCUGCCCACGCUGGGAGCGGCGGGCGCCUCUCCGCCUCCUCCGCAGAGCCGCCGUGCGGGCACAACCGGUCGCCGUGGGACCUCAUGGCCCAGCUCGAUCCCUCGGAUCCCCAGGAGUUGGAACUCUUCAAGGAUACAUACUUCGUGAGCGUCACAUACCGCACUAGCUGGCUCUUUCCGGCCAGCAUUCCUGCCGCUACCUACAUCAAGGAGGAGGAGGAUCAAGAGGAGGAGGAGGAGGACAUGGAAGUAGAUAUGGCUGAGGAGGACAAUUACGAACCGUGGAAGAAGGUUGCCAAGAAGAAGGCUGCGAAAAAAAGGGUCAUGAAACACAAAGAGGAGGGGAAGAAUGUGAGCAGGCCCAGGAAGAAGGCGAAGGUUAAGACAGAUGAGGAUGAGGAGGACCAAAUGGCUGACGGGGGAGAACUUUGGAUGUGCAAGAAGAACGAUGGCAAGACCUGGUUUUGCCGGCGGACUGUGAGCCAGCCCGACUCCUACUGCUUGUAUCACGCUGAUCCCAAGCGUGCGCUGCAGCAGGCUUCGUUGGCAGCCUCCAAACCCUCCAAGCGGCGGAGGAAGAGGGCCCUCGACGUAGGCGAGGGGUUCUACUACUACGCUGGAUUCGGUCCGUCCUGCAGUAAGAGGCAAUGCAGACCAAGCAGCAGCAUGAUGGAAUCUCCACUCGCUGAAGAAAAAGAGCAGGCACCUGCUGAAGAAAAAGAGGAGGCACCACCUGAAGAGCCUGCUGAUCUUACUUCAGAUGAACCCCGAGCAGACGAUUCAGACCCUCAAGUGGCACCAGCACACGUUGAUGAGCCGAUGUGCGAUGAUACGGCUGGAAUCGCGGGCUGUGAUGAGGAGAGCAGCGACGACGCGUUCGCCUGGAAUGGUAAACCCCGAGUUGUUGGCAUCAAUGAAGGCAUCAAGAGGAAGAGCCCGUUCAAGAAGCGGUGGAGGAAGCCUGUGAAAGCCCGGUCACUAAAGUCGUUGAUGAUUUAAUUACUUCCUCGCCAUAUUUCCAGGACCAUUCCCAGUUGAAUGUAGUAGAUUAUAUCAAGAUGAAGAUGGAACCUCAUAGCACCAGAUCUUACCAUCGUAAAUGGUUCUGUAAAGUCCCAAAACUCAAGUCAGAGUCACAAACUGCUGGAUAGAUUUACAACUGAGGAUAGUCCUAUUUAUACACCAGAUCCUUAAGAAGUGGCCCAAAUAUAAUAAUCAGGCGAUGCAUUUUGUUGGUGGAUUACUUGACAGCCGUGAGGGUUAACCGUGAAGUGCUCUGUUCCAUUUAGAAAACUGUAGGAGCUAGUAUUGUGUUUGCUGGUGCAGCGUCGCUUGGUGGAACUGCAGGCAUCUGCUUUGAUAAUGUUCUAUGGACCAAAAGAGCACCCAGUCGUCCUGUCAAUGUCAGCCACUUCUAUGCUCUCCAAAGAAGCUUCUUUCAGUAUAAGGAAGCUAGGGAAAGAAAGGUUGAGAUGCUCUCCAAAGAAGCUUCUUGCAGUAUAAGGAAGCUAGGGAAAGAAAGGAUGAGAUGGCAUACACUGUGUACGUGAAGGUGGCUGAGAUGUUUGAGAUUGUUAUAACUUCACAGCUAGCCUAAGCUCUUAUGCAAACCAGCUGUUUGAUAUAUUGGAUCCUGAUUCCUGAGAGCAGAUUGAUCGCACAAUGCUUUUUCUGAGACUCACCUUGUCUCAGUAGGUGCCAACUAUGUCAAGUAUCUGACCACUAUUUGAAACUGAUCUUGCAGAGGUUGCAAUAACUGACAAUUCCCCAGUGGUGACUUACUCUGGCACUUAACUCCGGAGCAUCUGACCACUAUGCUCGGAGUGCUAUGAAGGAGAUUAAAUCGCUACAAAAGGGCAUCAUUUCGAGAGUUGUGGAUGGAUCCCACAUUUACAUCUGGUCUGAUCCUUCAUUGCUGCUUGAUGAAUGCCCGCUUGGUUCUGUCACCUAGAGGAUCUAGCCUGCUAACGCAAAUUAAUGAGUUGAUUGAUCCUUAUUCUUCUAGAUGUCACAUGGAUUUUCUGCGUACACCUACAGACUGGAUGAGGUGAACUUAAUUCAUAAUAUUCCUCCUGAUGAUAUUCCUGAUUUUCUGGCAUGGGACUUUGAUGUGAAUGGCCAUUUCAGUGUAAUACCUGCUUAUAAGUUAGUGCUGUGCUGAUGUUGCCGUGUUGAUUGGCUUCAGGAGAACUCAAUACCCUCAGUGGGUUGUUUCCAGUGGCAGCAAAAAUCUGGGACUUGAAUGUCUAAACAAGUUUAAGGCAUGAAACUGAUCCAGUGUGUCCACUGCCAUAGAUUGAACAAAGAUGGGGCUCUUCAUUUAAGUUGCAAAUUGGUUUAUUAUUGGUGGGAGAUGCUCCUACAGGAAUGUCAGGCUGCAGCUUUUUUCAUGCUAGAACAUAUCUGGUACCUUGAUAAAACGGUACAUCUGAAAAUCCUCCUCCUGGUGGUUUGCGCAAAAUAAACCUGUCAAUGAAGAGAAGCCUAUUUGGUGGUCCUAGACAUGAAGGCUCUUUCAAGCUGAACAUAGGUGCAUGGCCCUUAUACACAAACUGAUGCUGAUGCUGGCUAGGUGCCAUUUUCAGACAUUGCUCCGCUGUGGUGCUUAUGUCAGUGGUUGGUCAUCUGUUAGGACUACAGGUUGAUCUUCAUGCUGUUUGUGUCUGCAUGUGCCAGUAGUCUCCAGGUUAUCUCAUAUUUGGGCGCUGCAUGACCCAUGGAAACUGUGAUGCUAUGGGGGCCGAUGAGUCAUCAUUGAGUUGAUUGUGUGUAAUUUUGCUGAUGUCCAUGUCUUGUACUGUCCAAGAGUUUUUCUGUUGCUUUAGCUGACCCCCCUUCUGACCCUAGCUAUAUUUGCCAAUUAAAAGUUGUAGCAACAAUAUUAGAAACUUAUAGUUAUUAAUUUGAUUUAAAAAUAUUA